CACAACAUCUGCGGCACGACACCCUCACGCGGACGUAUUGUAUCUGUUCCUGCUGUAGGUUUGUGCUCCAGUCGAUAUAUUGUCUGUUUUAACGGACAUGUGAGAUGUUAGCAGAAUUGAUAAUAUAGCCUCAGCUCUGUGUGGAUGAACAGUGAGGAGGAACAUGCAGGUGUGAGAAGAUGCUCUUUUCGCGAAGGGUUGGAGGAAAAUGACCGUUGAGCCUGGUCAGCUCACCUGUGCGGGUACUACUUCUCGUAGACACGGAGAGCCUUUGAAGUGCAGCAAAUGGAUGCACGCGCAGAAAAACAGGAGCCGGGGGAUGAUGCUGCCAUCGUCGUAGAGAACGAAGCUGAGAGCAAGCAAGUGCAAGAGGAAAAGUCCGGUGUGAGCGGGCAAAACCAACUGGACGCUUGCCCCGUUUGCACUUUAAACUUUCACAGCCGAGAGCCCAAACUUCUGCCGUGUCUGCACUCUUUCUGCAAGAAAUGUUUGCCUUCGCCCUCGAGGAAUUUGGCCAUGGCGGAGCCGCCAAACUCCCAGGUCGACAGCGCGACCAAACCACUGAAUGUGAUCCGCUGUCCGGUGUGCAGGCAGGAGUGUAUGGAGGUAGAUGUGAUGGAAAACGUCUUUGUGAAGGACUCAGUUGAGACUCCCAGCAGCACAGUGGAGAAGGCAGUCCAGCUCUGUAUGACAUGUGAUGACAACACUGAAGCCACGGGGUUUUGUGUGGACUGCGUUGAGUACCUCUGUGCCACCUGUGUGGAGGCCCACGAAAGAGUCAAAUUCACCAAAGACCACACCAUCAGACAGAAGGCAGAAAUAUCACAAGAGGUACGCGGUGUGUCGACUCAGAGGCCGGUGUUCUGUGACAUCCACAAACAAGAGCCACUGAAGCUGUUCUGUGAAACCUGCGACCUGCUGACUUGUCGUGACUGCCAACUAGUCAAACACAAGGACCACAAUUACCAGUUCCUUGAAGAUGCUUACAAAAACCACAAACAGCACAUGGAGAGCAUGACCCGUCAGCUGCAGGAGAAGAAGAAACUGAUCGAAGAGGUAUCAAACUCCAUAAACAACGGACUUCUUCAGGUUGAUCAGAACCGUACGUCUGUUCACAACGAAAUAAAGAAAUCCAUCUGCAGUUUGAUUCUGGAGAUAAACAAAAAGGGCAAGAUGCUAGUGAAUCAACUUGAGGCUGUUACAAAGGAUCAUGAGAGUGUCCUGCGAAAACAACACGAGGACAUCGGCUAUCUAUCCAGACACCUGGAUCAUGUCAUCAACUUCACCAAAUGGGCCACAGCCAGGAACGGGGGCACAGCGCUCUUGUACUGUAAACGUUUGAUUCUGUUUCAGAUUGGAAACCUCCUGCGGGCAAAAUGCAGUACCACGUUCAUACCACAGAGCACUGUACGCUUCCAGAAUCGAUCCUCUUAUUGGGCCUCAAAUGUUGACCUGGGCUCUUUAGUGGUGGAGAGUGUACCAGGCCACCAGCUGGGUGGUUUUCAGGGUAUCCCUCAUCAGCUCUCCCUCCCUGGGCAGGGCCCCUCAGGCUCACCCCACAGCUUUGCCCUGGGAGCACCCCAUAAUACUCUGGCUCAGCUCCAAAUGCAGGUGGACAAGCUAAACCCGCAGGCCAACUGGCAGCCCCAACCACCUCCUCCACCCUGGACAUGGUACCAAAGUGUCCAACUACAGCGAACCAUCCCGGGCCCCGUGCAAGGAGGCUCUCCCUCCCACAGUAUGCUUCCCCAACCAGGCCGCAGGUUCAUGGCGCCUCCUCCCAACUACGUCAGCCCAACUAGCAGCUUACCAAGCCCUGGGUUUACCCCCCAGCCUCUGAGGGGGAUGGGAAGCAGCUACCAACGCAAACCUAUGGACGUAUUUUCCUCUCCACCUCUGUACACCCAUAUAACGCCACUGCUCAUCAACGGGGGCGUCGGUUCGCCUCAUUCACGACAGACGAUUGAGCCGACACAUCUGAAUACGAGGAAUGAUUCAAGCGGACCGAUAUAUAUGCGAAAACCAAACUAUCCCCAAAGCCUGCCACCUUCUCUGCUGCACAUAAAUGUGCAAGGACAACAGAAUUCACUAGGGUACGCUGCUGCAUCCCAGGAGGAGAAAUCAGGGACUGUUACCUGGAAACCUCCAGAACCGCACCAGGUUAGUGGAACAGGGGGCUCGGCUGUGAAGAAAAGACGAAGAUCUUCACCAGGGCCCAUCAUUGUCAUCAAAGAUGAGCCAGAUGACGACAGUAGCUACUUACAAGCCAAUCAAAGAGCCAGCCUCCCUGACAGCACAGGUGACCGACCCCAAACCAGCGCUCCUUUCCAAAGCACGGACGACAAACCCCAUAGUCCUUCACAGCUUCCACGCAGCCCGUGGGACCAGAGUAAGACUAACGCUCCAAAUCACCUCCGUCCGCCGGGAGCAGAACAGCAGGUGGACGUGCUGGAAGACUCUAAUAAAGGCCUGUGUGCUGCGUGUCGCACUGGCGGAGAGCUGCUGUGCUGUCACAAGUGUCCCAAGGUUUUUCACCUUUCGUGCCAUGUUCCAACUCUCCUCAAAUGUCCCAGCGGGGAAUGGUUUUGCUCUUUCUGCCGUGACCUGUUAGUGCCUGAGAUGGAUUACGACUGUGAAAACAGACCUGAGGCCAAAACAGUAAAGAAGGAGCCAGAUUCUGAAGGAGGAUUUGCCCCUGCGGACAAACGCAAGUGUGAGAGGCUGUUGCUGCACUUGUUUUGCAGCAAGCUGAGUUCGGACUUUCAAGGGCCCGCGUCCCCCUCGGUAUGUGCUAGUAACAGGCUGACUAUAAAGGGGCCGAUGAAUCUUGGCGACGUGAAGAAACGACUGGAGGCCAAGCAGAGUCUGUGUUACCCAAGCCCUGCAGAGUUCCUAUCAGACAUCAGGCUCAUCGUUGGGAACUGUGCAGUCCUCGGUCAGGCUGACACAGAGGUCACCUCGGCGGGCAGGAAGCUUAAGGAGCUGCUUGAAAAGCACCUGAGGAUCAUCUUCCCUGAGCACACCUUUCCAGAAAUCAAACUGGAGAUGACGCCUACCGCUCAUCAACUCUCAUUUCUUGACAAUAUAUCCCAGCAUGCAAAGCGCCAGCCCAGCUGUCAGCUCCCAGAGGAGGGAGUCGUAUGAAAGCACAAAAACUUCUUAAUCGUUGAGACAUUUGAAAACACAUACAGUGUGUGUGGUGUGCUCAACUUUAUAUAUACAAACAUUUGAUACACAAUCACCUUCAGGUCAUGAAUGUUUUAUAAUGUUUAAUGAUCCAAUUGUAUUGCCAGCAAACAACUAUGAUACAGGACUCAAAUGAGUUCUGUUUUCUACACUGAGCUAAUCUGAAGAAAUAGCUUUAAUAGUCAACUAUCUGACUAAAAAGAUUAAGUCAUGGGGAGUCAUGCAAAAGAAGUACAUACAUGCAGCACAUGUAGGUGUUUACAGGGUACAGCUGAAGCGGAUAUUACAGUGAGCAAGUCUUCUGUUUUGGUCACGUCAUCAAUUUGCUAACAAUAGAUACGUUCACCCACACGGUCUGGUCUGGUGUGUUUCUCCUCUUUAGCUCUCCAUGUGUAAAUAUAGAAGGAUGAUAAUCAUGCAGCUUUGAUGUUGGCUCCAUCAUAUGUGGAACAAGAUGUGAUACGAGGCUCCUCGAGGCCAGUACAAUUAAAACAUCAAAGGAGUCAUACAGCUGUUUGAUAAAACAGACAGUUUACGUUGUCUUUUAUAAUUCAGAAGUACACUUCUAAUGUUGUAAAGGUAAAUGCUUUGUGCUAUUUAAUUUGUCUAUGUUCAUUUGUUUAAUAAAAAGGUUCUUGGAUUUUACUGUA